ACUACUUCCUGUUGGUUGCACAGAGGUCCGUUUCACAAAGAGGGUUCAACAAACUCUGAGUCUCACUUUAAACUCUAAGUGGAUCUACUCUGAGAUAGGAAACACUGAGUUUACAGUUCCAGAACAGUCGAUUUAAAUUAGUUUGAUCAACUCGGAGUAGUUUCACCUGGAGUUACGCGCGUGCACCACCAUAACUAUAAAAAACAAAACAACAAAAACACAGGAUCAAUAGAGCCUCGGUUCGACGAGUCACCAUGGCAACGGGGAAGAAGAGGGCCGCGUAUUUCACCAGACUGGAACUGGACACUUUAAUGCGCUCAUACAAAGAGUUUGAACAUGUUUUUAAAAAGAAGUGCAACACAGCUGCAGCUAUAAAAGAGAGGGAGACUGCGUGGGAGAACAUAGCUGCUCAGUUCAAUGCGUCCAAUCCGGCGGGGGAGAAGCGCACUUGGCAGCAGCUCAAGAUGAAAUAUAAAAACAUUGUUCAAGCAACUAGCAGAAAGAAGGCAGAGGCCCGUAAACCGGAUGGUAGCCCAACACCACCACCUGUAAUGAAGACAGAGGAGCUGAGUCCAGAACAGAAUUCAGACAGGCCAGCGGCUGAGGCAAUCCCUGGAGGGAGCUCAUCCUCUGAGCUCACCCCCCAAGACACAAGUGCCUUUAUAAAAUAUUCUAAUGGUGCUAUCUUCCUGGUGGAGCACCCUGACGCCACAACAGACCUUGUAACUGACGUAAAGCACGAGGAAACUGUGUCUGCUGCCUUUACAGAGGGGGAUCCAGAAAAGCCUGUAGAGGGCAUGGCUGGACAGCAGCAGGAGGAUCCCUCAACUUCCACUCCACAGAUUGACACAGUGAGAUGGAUGUUCAGUAAACACCAGAGGUUCAUUCUGUGGAAUUCAUGUGCAACUGUAUAAUUUAAUGUCCUCCUUAUGUAUUCCCAGUUACCAGUAAACGAGAUUUACAAAAUUCACCUGCUGAAAAAAAUCCAAAAAACCGACAAAGAAAUGCAAUACUUGGACCGGCAGAUUAGGAGGGCAGAUCUAGAACUUGAAAUACUGGCGCACAAGUUAGAGGUGGGUGCAUGGUCACAGGUGAAGGAUGUUAAUUAUGUGAGUUAUUGGAACAUUAACUAAACUAUCUCUUCUAUUUGUAGGAAAUAAAGAAGA